UAAACAGUAGCGUGCUCGCCUCCAUGGAUCAAGUACGCAGAAAGUGUUAAGGGUUUGAUGAAUUCCCGUGUUGUGAGAACUAAGGUGUUACAAGCCUCCGGUUAGUCGAGAUGGUUGAAACUAUGGAGGUGUCAAGAUUAUCAGGAGGAGAAGAAGAUGAGGAACCCGUAACUGUGCUGACGGAGGCCCGUCACCUGGAGACAAUCACGGCUCCCAACACGGCAGCACACUCGUGGAGACUGAAGGAACGAAUGAAAACAGUUAGUGUAGCAUUGGUGUUGUGUUUAAAUAUCCCAGUUGAUCCGCCAGACAUUGUGAAGACACAGCCAUGUGCUCGUCUAGAGGCAUGGAUAGAUCCUCUCUCAAUGCCUCCACCAAAGGCUAUUGAAGCUAUUGGAAACAGUUUGCAAAAGGCAUAUGAACGCUGGCAGCCAAGAGCUCGCUACAAGCAGUCACUUGACCCAAAGUUGAAGAAGUUAAGAAACUGUGCACGCACUUCGUAGAAUGCCAAAGAAGAGAGAGUUCUUUUUCAUUAUACUGGGCAUGGUGUUCCUAAACCUACUUCAAAUGGAGAAAUUUGGGUAUUCAAUAAGAGUUAUACACAAUACAUCCCCCUAUCCAUAUAUGAGCUGCAGACGUGGAUGGGUGCACCUUUAUAUGUUUAUGACUGCUCAAAUGCCGGUAUUAUUGUUAAACUUUUUGAGCAGUUUGCAGAACAGCAUGAAGAAGAAUGGAAGCAUAAAGGCACCAGUGGGGGUAGCAGUCCUCCACCUCCGUCCUUCCGUCAGUGCAUUCAGCUUGGGGCAUGCGGAGCCAAGGAGAUCCUCCCCAUGAACCCAGACCUUCCUGCCGACAUGUUCACUGCUUGCCUGACUACCCCAAUCAGCAUGGCAGUGAGGUGGUAUCUCUUGCAGAAUAAGGGCAAGCUUCUACAAGACCUUAAUCUUGAUAUAGUAGACAAAAUCCCAGGUCAGCUGAGUGAUAGAAGAACAAUGCUUGGGGAACUGAACUGGAUAUUCACAGCUAUUACAGACACUAUAGCUUGGAAUACUCUUCCUAGAGACCUCUUUCAGAAGUUGUUUAGACAAGACCUUUUGGUUGCAAGCCUUUUUCGUAAUUUCUUGCUAGCACAGAGGAUAAUGAGGUCCUAUGAUUGCACACCUGUAUCCUCACCACAACUUCCCCCAACCCACCAGCACCCUAUGUGGGAUGCAUGGGAUCUUGCUUUGGAACUAUGCCUAAGGCAGCUGCCAACAGCACUUCGCACAGAGGAUCUGUAUUCACAUGUGCACUCACCUUUUUUUGAGGAACAACUCACAGCCUUUCAAGUUUGGCUAGACUUAGGUCAUGAACAGAGACAUCCACCUGAACAACUACCCAUUGUCCUACAGGUUCUACUGAGUCAGGUGCACCGUCCCCGAGCCCUGGAACUUCUAGGGAGUUUCCUAGCUUUAGGCCCUUGGCAGUCAACUUAGUACUGUCCUGUAGGCAUCUUCCCAUACGUUUUACGUCUUUUGCAGUCAUCAGCACGAGAGUUACGGCCACUCUUAGUCUUUCUUUGGGCUAAGAUUCUUGCAGUAGAUCCAAGCUGCAAAGCAGACUUGGUGCGAGAAGAGGGCUAUAAAUAUUUUCUGAAAGUUCUAGCUGAUCCUUCGAUGCCUGCUGAACAUCGUACCAUGGCGGCAUUUGUGCUGGGUGUCAUUGUGUGGGAACACCUGAAGGACAGCGGGUGGCUCUGCAGGGUUCUCUUAUGCCACUGGUGUCUAGAGCAAGUGACAGAUCCACACCCACCUCUAAGGCAGUGGGCCACACUCUGCCUGGGCCGCACUUGGCACCAUCACCCGGAUGCAAGAUGGGCUGCAACUCGUGACAAUGCCCAUGAAAAGCUGUACACUCUUCUGUCAGAUCCUGUGCCAGAAGUACGUGGAGCAGCAGUUUUCUCCUUGGGAAACAUUUGUAAGCAGUCUGGUUAGUCCAUGAGAGGACUGACCAUGCACGUGCCAUAGACACACCAUUGCCAUAACACUAGCCAAUACUGUCACUCAUGAUGGCUCUCCACUUGUCAGACGAGAGUUGGUAGUUGCCUUGCAAUAUCUCAUCCAGAUGUAUGAAAGCUCCUUCCUCACAGUAGCACGGCAAUAUUU